UUCGUCAUUGGCUGGCAAGAAGUAGUCUGUCGACAUCAGGAAGGUCGAAGAGAAGUGAGAUUGAGCGCUCUUGAAGAUAUUCAGGAACAACGAUGGGUGUGACAAGAGAAAACAGGGAUCUGUUCAUCUAUGAAUUUGUUGAAGAUGACCUCGAGUUAUUAGAACAACAUGCUGAUGAUGAUUCCUCCACAGAGCUGCCUCCACAGAGCAGCAGGAGGAAUGCUAAUCGAAACCGUACAAGAGGCAGAUCCGGACAGAUUCUUGAUAAUCAAUGCUUGAACAGGAGAAAGAUGGGGGCUAAGCAGGCCAGGAGAACAGAAAAUUUUCGUCAGCUGCUGACUCUAGUGGAGAAGGAUGAAGUGGGGGAGCUGCAGCUUGACAACGUGUUUGAGCCCAGCAGCUCUGCCUUUGAAAAACUCUUCUCAGAGAGAGAGAAAAUGAAGAUCUGGAAUGAUUUUGUGAACCGAAGUGAGGAGGAACAGGAGACGAUCCUGCAUCCAUCGAGGAGCCAGAGCAAGAGAACAGAGUCGGCGGAUGAGAACCUGGAUGACUCGUGGGAGGAGAUUCCAGAUAAGAGAACUGCUCACCCAGCCUUCACUGCUGAGGAAUGUUACAGGAAGGUGGACAGGAAGUUGAAGGAUUUACUCAAGAGGAGACAACUACCUAUGGGAAUCCUGGAGAAUUUGGAGGAGGAAAUUGUCUCAUUUUUCAAGGAGUGGCCAAGCUCAGUGUUUGUGUCCAAGCUAUCAUCCAGUUAUGAAAGAAUGAUGGUCCAUGCUCUAUGUCAGUUUCUUGACCUGCGAUCUCAAAGUUACGAUGAGAAUGGUGAAAGAAGAACACAAGUUGAAAACAAGCACAACACAUUCCUUCCUCCGUCCCCUCUACUCAGCCAGUACUUACAAAAACAUCGCACUGCUUAAACCUUCAGAUAUAUGCUGUACCAGGGCCACGCUUGGUAAUCUUAGGCCCCAAACAAGGAUAGACGUUUCUGGUUCAGCUAAAAUCUGCCCUUGACUAGUUUAUUUCUUUAUUUUUAUUACCAGUUUACCUCAGUUAUUGAUACCUGGUUUGACCGUAUAUGCUGGGAUUGGAUUUGUUUGAAGUAGGGAUUUGGGGGGUACUUUUUGAAACACAUUAAUGUUUAUGUUGAGGUGUUGGUGCCCAUUUUCAGAAAAUAUCUGUACAUAACAUCAUCAUUCUCCCACCUUGACAUUCACUACUUCCAUUGUUCGGGGUAAACUUUAGCCAAGUGGUUCCAGCAGAUGCCCUGACAAGAUUAGUUCUCCACAUAAGUGUGAUGCAUGUAGCCUACUGGUGUCCACAGCCAUCAUCAGGCUGGAAUGUUGAUGUACGUGGUGUAAGACUCUGUGAGGUCUCUCACCAUAAAGAUCUGGUGCCAAAUAUUUCCUUAUUUGGACUUUAAUUAGCCAAUUCAACUUUUGCAACAGUGAAAACAGAAAAUAUGAUUGUUUGUCUCUGAAUGUUUCUUCA